AUGCCUCUUACGCUGACACCCGCGACGGAUAACUGGGAUCAGCCCUCUUCCGCAACACAGUCUCCCAUUGAGCCAAUACAUUUCGAAAACGCGAAGGAUAUAGCCAAAACUCUGGCAGCCCUUGCUGAGAGGUUCAUCCAGGCGGGCGAGACUCAUCUCGCCCACAAUAAUGUCUCUGACAGGCACUUUGUCAAGACCUGGAAGAGACUGUUCGAAGAAUGUCUUAAUGAGUUUGGUGCAAACUACAACAAUAGCGAGGAUGCAGAUAACCGAGAUGACGCGGAUACAGAGCUAGAGAGCACACCUACCCGAAAGGCCGCAAUGCAUUAG